AUGGAAACUAGUUCUCAAUUGGGUGAUCAUGAUCUUGCAGAGGAAUUGCUGGUGUAUUUUGUGGAACAUGCCAAUAAAGAAUGCUUUGCUUCAUGUUUGUUCAUAUGCUAUGACUUGAUCAGACCAGAUGUGGCUUUGGAACUUGCUUGGAUGAAUGAUAUGAUUGAAUUUGUGUUUCCAUACCUACUUCAGUUUAUUCGAGAAUACACGACAAAAGUUGAUGAGCUUGUUAAGGACAAGUUAAAGGUUGUACAAGAAGAGAAAUCCAAGGAGAAAGAAGAGAAAUCUCUUGUUUCUCAACAAAAUAUGUAUGCUCAGCUUCUUCCCCUUGCUUUGCCAACACCUCCAAUGUUUGGCAUGGGAGUGGGCAUGGGAGGUUGCUUUUAG